AUGACAACCCCGGAUAUCUAUCGAGAUGCGGAAUACAUCACUGACGUGUUCAUCACACCGUCUGGUGCUUCCGAGUACGACUUCGGGCAAGAUGCGCGCGUGAAAAAAGUCCAGGCAACUGCGAAGGUCGCGUUGAUCGACCGGGUGCUUCGCGAUCUGGAUAUCUUGAUCUAUUGCGAGCUGUCUGCGCUGUAUUACAUGGACUGCUCGAUAUUGCUCUUCCUCCUCCGCGCCAUAGUCCAACUUAUAUUCUUCACACCCAAAGCCUCCCCCUUCGACCCGACCCGCAAUCAACCGUACAUCGGCGCGAUAUUUACCAGCAACAUCAUCUGCAUGAUCUUCCACGCCUUAUUUACACAGCCGGAGAUCGAUGAGACAACACGGGGUUAUCUACAUGGGGGGUUAUUUAUUGAUUUCAUCGGACAGAAGGGGCCGGUUUCGGUGGGGAGAUUGAUAUCAUUUGAUUUGCUGGUAAUGGUGGUUGAUUUUGUGAUGCUGGGGUUGGUUAUUGAGAGGGUUAAAACUGUGGACUCAACUUCAGAAUCGCAAUCACAGUCGCAGUCGCAGUCACAGUCGCAGUCGCCGCAGGAUCAUGAUUCGGAAGAGAGGGGAGUUCUCCGGGGACAAAACAGAGACGAUGGGAUUGAACUCGAUGAACUAGCGCGCGAUGAACAUACACAAUCAACGAUGCAGCCACAUAAUCCUAAUACAACCGACGACGACGACAACGAACGAACAAAUCUCCUAGCAGAGCCCUCUAACACUCAUAUCAAACCCACACACCCCCUCGACAUCUUCUCCUCCGGCGAAUACAUGCUCAUGGACCUCGGUCUAAUAGACAUCAUCCGCGACCAGUGGCGCUACAGUCCUUCUUCAGCAUCUUCAGGACAAUUAUCGACUACUUCAUCUACGAGAACUUCUCGAACUUCUCGAUACGCGCCGUCAGCGGAAACGGCUGCGUUUCUUAGAGAGCGGUUUGGGUUGCAGGUUAGUGCUGAAGGAAGGGCUGAGCGGAUAGAGAGUUGA